AUGUCCCAAAGCGAUAUCUAUUCCACCACAGCCGACUAUGGCUCCGUCGACGGCGAUGGUUCAUCCCCUCCAAACAGACCCCCCGCCGAUAUUUCAGCCAACGUAGCCCUCUCAACCCAACGCAUCGCCACUUUCGUUGCAGACACGAGCCUCUCUCCACCCAUCGCAUCGCAUCUUCCUAUCCUGGAUACAUUGACCGCUGCAACACCACGGCAGCUUGCUGCCGUGCUGCUGGUGAAGCUAUCGCGUCUUUUGAACAGAGCUUUGCUGCGUCUGGGGAGGAUAGUGAGAAUAAAGAUGAAGACAUGA